AUGCCAGAGUCCGGCCUCACAGACGAACAACAUAUCCAUGAAUUUAUGUCUAUCACUGCGAAGAGUACUAAAUCGAGGUCUCCAGCCUUUUUGGGAUUUCCUGAUGUUACUGCGUGCCCUGCUGCAGUUGGAGCAGCCCUCUUGAUACCACUUCUGAACCAAAAUAUGACGAACCCAGAGACUUGCCCACCAAAAGCGACCUUUGUUGAGAUGGAAGUCAUACACUGGUUACGUGAGGCACUUGGCUAUCCUGUACCUGAAUCCUACACCAAAGCCAUGGACGUCGGCGGAGUCUUUACGCCUGGGGGGUGUCUUUCAAAUACUGUUGGGCUUUUGGCUGCGAGAGAAAAGUGUUUCCCCGGAUCACGCUGGACUGGCAUCCCAGUGCUGCCGAGCAAGAUCCGUGUGUUAGUACCAGAUAUGGCAGAGAAUCACUCAAUACGCUCAGCCGUGGUGAUGAUAUCACUCGGAGAGAAGAACAUCAUACCUGUUCCUGUUGAUGCCGAGUUUCAUAUGGAUCAAGAAGCUUUAAAAAGGAUUAUUGACCAAGAAGAGAAUAUGGAGAGCACCGUCAUGGCCUGUGCUGCAUAUGCAGGUGAUCCAACGUACUUGAGGAUCGACGAUUUACAUGGUCUAUCGCAGAUCCUCCAAGAGAAAGAUAUCUGGUUCCAUGUUGACGCCUGUCACGGCAGCCAACUUGCCUUUUCAGAACGACAUCACCAUAAGCUGCGAGGCAUCGAAAAAGCAGACUCGAUCGCAGUUGACCCCCAGCAAGCAAUGCCCAUUCCCUAUGACUGCUCUUUGGUCCUGUUUCGCGAGCCCAGUACCCAAGCCUCCCUGUCGACCGACUCAGACUUAACCUCCAACGCGCAGUGGUCAUUUGGAGCGGCUGGCCCUUUCGCUGGAUCUAGAGCUUUUAACUCAUUGAAGAUUUGGUCCUCGAUAAAGAGGCAUGGAAAGAAAAGCAUGGGCCGGAUGAUUGAUGACAGACUAGAACUCACAAACGCGAUCCAGUUGGAGGUUCAGCACCGACCAAGCCUCGUACUUUUGGGCGGAACCGACAUCAACUCCUGCAUGUUUAUAUACGUCCCCGCAAGUGUGCAGCGAUAUUGUCUUGAACACAACAUUCGUCUCUCAGACGCAGAUUUGGAGAAAGUCAACCAGCUGAAUCUCCACAUCCAAGAUAUAAUCCACCGAGAACGUGUCUACUAUAUCUAUGGGUUCCCUCUUCAAAAUUGCCCGCAUGGUAGUUUCAUCGAACCUGGCAAGACGGUCUUUGUUCUACGUACCUUGAAUGGGAACCCCAAGUCAACCAUGGAUAAUGUGAGAGGCUUGCUGGACAGAAUCGAAUACUUGGGACUGUUUCUUCUCACAGAUCGCCAGUACAUAUGUAUGGGAGACACUGCCGGCUCGUCAACAAAUCGUCUAAAAAGAGCUGAAAGAAAGCUCACUCAAAAGCUCUAUGAUUUAUUCGACAACAAUGACUUUGUAGCCAUUAUCUAUGGCUCUUCCGCGCUUCAGAAUAAUGCUAUACUGUCGAACAUUGAUCUAAUGAUAUUUGCUCACAGCACUGAGUCCUCGAAAAUACAAAAGUUAAUCUCAGUUUUCCGCUCUGUGAUGGAAGCAGAGGGGAUACUGAUCGACUUUGAGAUUCCCCUUCACCGAAGACUCCUAGUAACAUUCGAAUUUGCUAGCCAAGCUGCAGAGUCCGGACCUCCUUUGGACGAAACGGGACAUGUCUCAAGCAUCUCUAAUACGCCAGAGUACUUGUCAUCUGACGAGAUGUUGCGACGAUUGGCAUUCAACGUGCUUACAACUCCGAAUAAGAUCAUCGCAGCCACGACCGGCGGUACUAAUAGACUCAAGGGCCUGGAGAUGACUGCAGCCAGAACAUUGGUAACCACGAUUCAGCACCUCGGGCGGUCCGAAGUUAGUACGGCAGAUGAGUUUGUAAAUCUCGUAACAACAGACGGUGAUCGAGGGGAGGGAAAACAUCUUGGUUAUAAGCCACGACGCGAUGUCUUGGAGAAGCUUCUUAGGAUCUUUCACGAUGUACAGAAGACUCCGCUUGAGUGA